UUACAGCGGGACUGUGGUGGGCAUUCUGACACUGGGGGGAACUGACUAACUGCCACCCCCAGGUGACACCAAUACAGUGAUCAGUGCUAAUAAAAAGCACUGACACUGUACUAAUGGCGCUGGGCAGGAAGGGGUUAACAUGUGGGGCAAUCAAAGGGUUAAAUGUGUGCCGUUUUACAAAGUGUGCAUCACUGUAAGCACACUGCUUUGCAUGGCUGACAGGGGAGAGAACUAUGCACAGCAAUCACUGGGCUCCGGCGAGUAAGUACCG